UUGAAGGUGAUUUGGCCCGAGUGGAACUACUUCCUUACUAUGUGUUGUACAAGUUCUAUAACGUAUAAUGUGUACGCAGUGUCACACAUGUACUUGGAUUGUCAGUGUUAGCGCAGUCCCAUUUUUUUAAAUAACCCAGUUGGUUUGUUUGUUGUUUGGUGAGUGAACUUUGAUUUGGUCCAAGUGGAGCCUCUACCUGUUACCUGUACCUGUCAGUGAGAGACAGGUGUGUUUUAUUAGGAUCAUCUUCAGAAGUCAAAUUGUGGCCCUCAUUUGCAUUUGGUAUUGAUGUCAGUGAAUUCUAAUUAAACCCACACAAACAAAACCCCUUAAUUAUUUGGUAACUGUUUGGGCUUCCAGUCAUUUUUUGGCAUCGUUUUAUGGUGGAUGUUGUUUUCAGUUGUUCACUUAAUGUCAGAAAGGUAAGGUAGAUUGUCAUCCAUUACUAGGGCUGAUAUUAAUGAAUUAGUUGUAACACAUUUAAGGAGAUGAUGUACAUGUAAAACCCAAGUGAACAGUCAUUUCAUUGGUUCAUUUUUUUACUAGGACAUAGAGAAACUAAAUGUUGAUAUAUUGCUACCACACCCCCCUUUUAAUUUCUUCUCCACCCCCUGCGUACUUAGGAGUACAUUGACCGUGACAGUGGGGCCCAGACAGGGGGUGGGGGUGGGGGAUGUUUAGCCUGUCUUUCUGACUUGGUCUGUAUUUGUUUUGACUUAUUAUUGCUUGUUGUGAUCUUCAUCCCAGCUUGCUUGCAGUUGACAUGUUUUGUGAAUGAAUGAGUCGCAGUGGUAGGCGUGUGUUAUAUAUGUGUAGAGGCUUUCAACAGCCUCGUACACAAGUUUGUCUUUUGAUCUGUCGGAAGGCCCUAUUUUGUGAAUGAAAAUCCGCUUUGUUGAUGUGUGUGAAUUUUUGUAGUCCUUUAUCUCAACGUUGCGUCGUUUAUCUUUAAACUUUUUUUCUUUGAAUGUCAACAUGGCCUACUAACAAAAGCCAAAGAUUUGUUCUCUUGUUAUACGUACAAAGGGUUUCUUUAAAUGAUACCAAGAUUUUAGUGCUGAAAACCAGGGACUUAUAAUUUUUUUUCUGUUGAGGAUUCAAGUCCAAGAGGGAUUGUAAGGAGAGAGGAGAUACUUUUGUUAAGAAUUGAGGAAGUAAUGCAGCGUUGUGUAGGAAACUUUGAUCACUUGUGUCCUGUAUUUCGAUUGAAACACAUUGACUUGACCAAUUGGUAAGAGAAAGACACCAACAUCAUAAUUUGAGAAACUGUGACAAUGUUGCACAUGAUGUAAAUUUGUCACAUUAAAUAGGAAGUGACAUCAUGGAGUUCGGGGGCCAAGGGGAGAUGACUCUGUAAGAUGGCCAUGUUGAGAAGUGUGUUUGGUGGCUGUGUAUCGGACAGAGGCCAUGAGACCAUGCGUCUGAAAAAGUUGAAAUUUGGUGCUCCUAUCUCCACUGCUCUGAAGAAUGGCUACCUCCCUAUCCCGCUGAUGGAGCUGCUUGUUUACAUCGCUCAUGAAGGAAUGAGCACCGCGGACUUGUUUCGUCGUCCUGGAAACCCCCGCGACACGCAACGAAUCGUCAAGAGAAUGUCUGAAGGGAAGCCAGUCAUCUUCCAGAACUACAACUUGUAUACCCUAACAACUGUUGUCAAGAAAUUCUUACUGCGCCUCCCUGGUGGCAUUUUUGGAAAAGAAGGGGAGGCAACUCUCUUGUCGGUUCUAUCAUUGCAGCACAAAAUGGAACAGUUUGAAGCAGUUCAUGCAUUCCUCACGACUUUGUCCCGAGGACACCAGCAGCUGGUUUCUCUGUUGUUCGGGAUCUGGUUCACGAUGAUCAACAACAGCCACGUCAACUUUAUGACGACCGAGGCCCUAGCCCGGAGUGUGGCGGGCAGCAUGUUCCAUUCCUGUGCCACGGACCCCGCGAUGGUGGAACACGCCAGCCAGGUCAUGCAGAUCUUGAUCGAGAACUUUGGAGUGGCCAGCAUGUUUGGCCAGGAAAACAUCGAGUUCUUCGCAGAGACGACCAGAACGAGCAUACACAUCAAGGAGAAGUUCCGUUAUCACUUCCAGUACCCCCCGGAGGAGAUUCUUCCCCGAAGAGAGGCAUUAAAAUGGUUCUGUUUGUUUCUGUGCCAAGAGGCACAGCACAAAAAAUUCCACCCGCUAAAUCACGCCAUAACGGAGGAAGGGUUUUACGAGUCGUCACGACGACAGGAUCAGCAACAGGAAGUAAUGGAUAUCUCGGACCAGUCACCUGACCUGAGACACUACCUGAGUCCAAGAGGAGACGGCGAAUCAGCGACUAAACAGCUGGCUGCCUCCACCAUCUCGGCCCCCGAGGUCUCGCUGGUCCCCUCACCUGGCCUUAUCACCAAGAGACCCAAGUCAUUGGAGGACAACUUGAAUGAUUCAGACGAGCAGCUCCAGCCGCGCCCUAGCCUUAGUCGAUUCAAUUCUGUGAAACGUAAACAGUUGGAGAGACUUCGCCAGCGAUCCGACUGGUUCUUAGGACCAAAUAUGAACAACCAGGGGGCGCCAGCAUUAUCCCCCGAUCAAAUAUCUCACUCUAGUUCCAAGGCCUCUUACAACACUGAUAAACUUCACCAAAAACUGUCGGGGAAUUCGGUGACGAAGGCAUCUUCUGAAGGCACCGCCCUCGACCUUGUGUCCUCAGACGUAGACAGCGUUUUCUCAGACCGCAGCGAGUCUCCGGCCUCUGAACCCCUCCCCACACCAAGCGUGAGCAUAUCUCGAGACAUUAUCCACAGUGACACCAUCACGGACGUCUCCAUGGCAGCGGGUGACAUCACGAUGGAGGAGGUGAUGGGGAGGAAGGACAGCGAUGGGGAGAUGUGUGGCUCCGAGUACUGCUUCUUUGUCGUGGAGCAUAAUUACGGUGACAAGGGAUCCUAGCAGAGUGUGGCUUAAUUCUAACAAGCAGCUGAAUCCAUGUCAUGAUUUACAUUGCAAUAUUUGUUGUUCAAUUUUUCUCUUUUUUUUCUUUUAAUCGGAGCACUUAUAACGUGUAGUUUUACGAUUUAAAGAGAACAUGUUGUGAGAGGGAGUUGUGUUUGGUGUUCACUGUUCCGUUGUGUUCGGUGUUCACUGUUCCGUUGUGUUCGGUGUUCACUGUUCCGUUGGUCUUCUUGUUGUGACUUUGAUCUAUUUCCAUUUUUGAGAAAAAAAACCUUGCUUUUUUAAAGGGUUUAUCUUGUGCGAGUUUGAAAUGUUUUUACCUUGAAUUCACAAAGAAAGUGCUCCAAUGCGAGCGCAGCAUUUUAUGAGGAGGACAUGCUGUGUUCCUUCCCUGAGCAUGCCCAGUGCUUCUUAGUCUCAUUGAGGCAGUUUUUGUCUAUUUUUUAUUUUUGAAUUUUGAGAGCAAUUUGACUGAGUGACCUACAAGUGCUUCACUUCUGCUAAGUCACAAUUCCAGUUUGUUUUCCUCCUUCUAUUUGACUGGGUUGUAUGUUUACGUUGUUUUCUAGAUUAAACACAGCCUUUAGAACAUCCCACUUUAACAUCUUUUCCAAACUUACAUCAAUUCAAAUUUGUACUGAAUUCAUAAAUAUGGUGACUUUGAUAUGCAAGAAAACACUGCAUUUAGUGAAUAUUAUUACAUUAUAGGAAUUCAUUGUUUUUACACCUCCUAAUUCAGUUAACUUAAUUACGGUAAUGAAAUUGACAUGCAUAUAUAUAUAUAUAUAUAUAUAUAUUUAUAUACUAAAAUGUGCAAUAAUCCAUUUAUCAUUUCCAGUGUACGUCCAAAUUCCUCGGUCUACUAUGAAGACUGAUACAUAUAGUGAUACUGAGAAGUCGCGUAUGAAAAGUUUAAUCAUUGAAUCGACCCCAAGGUGUAUGUCAUUGACAUUGCUGACCUAAAGCCAAAAAAAUAAUGUAUUGCUUCUCAGGCACCACACUAUCAGGUCAAAAACUGCCAGAUUAGAUUUAUUGCCAUAUUGAAUAGGGGAAUUACUUAAUUUAUAAAUUUUAAAAUAGAGUUAUUCCCCUUUGCAAAUCUCGACAAACCUUCCUCAUUAUAUUUUGAACUUUUUGACCUGAGAACCAAAUCAUUAAUUUUUUUAGCCUAAUGAACACACAUUUCCAGUGGAAGCUCUCUAUGUUAACAAUUGUUAACCCCCAAUAUCCGUCCCCUCCACAAUAAGACCCCACCACCCCACCCAAACUUUCACACCAGUCUGCCGGCAUCCUGUCAUUACAUGGCCUGUCUUCAGUGACCCCAGUCUUUGUGCCUAGAUCUAAACAUAUAUUAUCUUUUCUUUCUUAAUGUUCUUCAUCUAAAACUGUCCUCAUUUUUCCUUUACGAUAUAUAGAACCAAAAGUUUUUGACCAGUUAUUCAGAAAGCUUAUGAAAUACAUGAAGUGGUUGAUUGUGUAAGGUAUUUUGUUAUUUUUAAUCCUGUUAAUUCCUGCUUAUUUUCAUGAGAGGUCUUUGUUUACAAACUAUACGGAUUUUUUUUACAGUAAAUAUCAGGAUGAAUUUUAUUGGUUUCACUAACCAAUUUUUAUUUUCACAAAUUAAAAUUGAUUGAAAUGUUUCAUAAUGGCCAGCCAUGCUUCAGAACAAAUAAUUCAGGGAUGAUGAACCAAAGCAAGCCAUCUUUUAUUUUCAUUUUUUGUUUCAUUUCUUUAAUUGACAGCUACUGAAAUUAUUGAUAUGAUUGUAUUGAUAUGAUUGUAUUAAUAGUCUCUUAAGACAAAUAUUCUGCUAGUCCCUAUAAGAUGUCUCAAACUAAUUUUAUUUGAGUUUAUUAAUUUUGUUUUGUUUGCAAUAUAUUUUUUAUGUUUUCUCAUACCAUAGAUGUAUUCUGAUUUUCAGUCUUGUCUUAUAUAUCUGUACAUUGCUUCUAAACUUAUAAAUGGGAAUGUAAGAUGCUUUUUAUUAAUAAAAACUUUUUGUCAACA